AAUGCAGUGAAAACAUGGCGGCGCCCAGGACAUGGAAAAGACUUGUGUUCUCUGGGUAUACUCCUGCUUUCUCCUGGGUUUUUUCGAGGAUAACAGAUCGCUUUUUCAGGACACAUGAGCGGAGGAGAGGGUCCGCUGUGCUGCUCUUGGCCCCUCUCCUGGCAGAGGCAGACUCAGCCCCCCUGGCCUCCUCCAGACCUCCAGGCUUCACUGGUGUCGAGGACUUCCACUCUCGGUUCCACUGGAUGGCUGAUCAUGUACCUGCUUUCAGGGUCCCUGGGGGCCGCGUACGCAUCCUUCACUCACCUGAUGAGUUUUAUCAGGCUAUGAAGGCUCAUAUCAAGACAGCCAAGAGUCGUGUGGUGAUGGCAUCACUGUAUCUGGGCACAGGACCACUAGAGCAAGACCUCGUGGAUUGCAUGGAAGAGGCAUUAGAGCGCUCACAGGAAGAUCAUGCACCUGAUCUCAAAGUGUCUUUUCUGCUGGAUUAUACCAGAGGCUCAAGAGGCAAGCACAAUUCCCGCACAAUGUUACUGCCACUGCUCCAGCGUUUUCCUGAGCAGAUGAGAGUGUCCCUGUACCACACACCUGACCUGCGUGGGCUACUGCGUCUUCUGGUUCCCGAACGCUUCAAUGAAACCAUCGGGGUGCAGCACAUCAAGGCAUACCUUUUUGACAACAGUCUCAUCAUUAGUGGGGCCAAUCUGAGUGACUCCUACUUCACCAAUCGUCAGGAUCGCUAUGUACUUCUGGAAGACUGCGCGGAGGUGGCUGAUUUCUUUGCUGAACUCGUGGGAGCCGUGGGCGACGUGUCACUGCAGCUGCAGCCUGACAACAGUGUGCACAUGAUGGAGGGAAUGGUGCAUCCCUACAAAGGUAACAGAGCAGACUUUACUGCAUCGGCACAGAGACGGAUCAUGGAGGUGGUGAACACGGCACGUGUCCGGCAGAGCAUGCUGGAAGCAGAAUGCUCGGAGGUCCCAGACUCGGACGGAACGGUGCCAAAUGACACCUGGAUCUUUCCACUUGUGCAAAUGAAGCCUCUUGGCAUUCAUCUGGAUGAACAAGUAACCAAAAGACUGCUCACAGAGGCAGGUGGAGACUCAGUCGUCUAUCUGACAUCGGGUUACUUCAACCUGACGCGCACCUACAUGCAGUUGGUGCUGGGUGCAGCAGCAGACUACCGUAUCCUCAUGGCCUCCCCAGCGGUUAAUGGUUUUUUUGGAGCCAAAGGAGUAGCAGGAGCAAUUCCUGAGGCCUACGUUCACCUUGCCCGACAGUUCUACAAUAAGGUGUGUCAGCUGGGUCAGCAGAGUCGUGUCCUCUUGCAUGAAUACCAUCGCCCAGAUUGGACAUUUCAUGCUAAAGGUACGUGUUUAUCUUCUGAACUGUUUUUUUUAAGCACUAAAGUGGAUCAGCCCAGUUCCCAAAAAUUGGGUGAGCAGGAGGUGUUGUACCAGAGUUCAACGCAAGUGUCAAACUCCACGUUUAAUCAGCCAGACCGCCAUGUAAAGCUGUGGGUGAAACUGGUUACUCCACUCAUCAAGAACUUCUUCUAA